AUGACGUCUCCGUUCCACAAAGUGGCGCGCAAAAUCUCGCACAAACUGGACGAGUAUGAGGCGGCUGUGGUGGACCGCUAUACUGCUGUGGGCGAGAACCUGACACAGACGCGAGUGCGCGUGAAAAGCAGUCUGAAGAGCCAAGAGAAGAAGCUCUCGGACAAGUUGGAGCACUGCGAAGCUGCAAUCGUCCAUAGCUAUACCGCCAUGGGGGAGCAUUUGACGCAGACACAAGAGCGACUUAAGGAUAAACUCAACAGUCAGGAGCGGAAAAUCUCCGACAAGGCCGCACACCUUCUGUCAAAGCCUGGAGUGCCGAAGAUGCUGCACCCGCUACGUGGCAAGCUCAGUGGGGAGUGGCUGGCCAUCGAAACAGAGCCAGAGGGCGCUCAAGGAAGAGUUAACCGCUCUUUUAAUAAGGAGUCGUUUGACCCGCAAGAGCCAGUUACGGACUUUAACGAUUCCUUUGAUGACCAGAGCACUGCCACUUCGGAUUCGGAAUGUUCCUAUACGGAAUACCAAACGGACGAUGUUGUCAUCAACAAGGCGCGGAUACCUCGCGAGAAAGUGGUUCUACUGGAGUUUAUCAGUCGGGGAGCGUUCGGAAAAGUGUACAAAGGAACAUACAACGGCCAGUUCGUGGCAGUGAAGACGAUGAGUGACGUGGAUUCGUUUGUCAAGGAGGUCAAGUUGGCGAGCACCAUGAGUCAUCCGAACAUUGUGCAGUUCAUUGGUGUGGCGUGGAAUUAUCGAGAAGAUUUUUGCUGUGUGAUGGAAUACAUGGACGGAGGGGAUUUACGAGGCUUGAUGGACAAAUACGAGGACGAGAACCGUCGGACAGGCUUCGACGCUGCCAAGAUCACGAUCGCGCUGCAUGUCGCUCAUGCUCUGGCCUAUUUGCACUCUCGAGACGUUCCAGUGAUUCAUCGCGACUUGAAGUCGAAGAAUAUUCUGCUGAACGAAGCGCUGGGAGCCAAGUUGACGGACUUUGGCGUCUCUCGGGAACGCGUAGACAGAGCGAUGACUGCAGAUGUGGGUACGUCACUUUGGAUGGCUCCAGAGGUGAUGAUUGGGAAUGCGUACGAUGAGAAGGCAGACAUGUUUUCGUUUGGAGUGGUGCUGUCGGAACUGUCGAUGCAUUCCCUGCCGUACUCACACGCCAAGCGUCCCGGGUCGAAAGAUCAAUUGUCGCCGCUGGUUAUUCUCCAUCGAGUAGUGACGGGAGCGUUAAGCGUGGAAUUUGCUGAGACUGGACCGCGAAAUAUGGUAAGAUUGGGUCUGGCUUGUGUGUCCAUGGACCCUACGAAGAGACCGACAGCAUCUGAAGCAAUGCGUGUAUUGCACGCCUUGUUAAUGCAGGAAGUAUCAGAUUAGUGCUUGAUUUUAGGGACUUCAACUAUCAUUUUGGGAGUCAACAUUUGAAUAAUUAAUUUUUCGUAUCAAUCAAA